AACGAAACGUAGCUCUGAUGUGUACCCUAUUAAUCUGUCGAGUCGGACCCGAAAUUGCCUAUCAUGUGCUAGGGCUCGUUUCCCGCGACUAACAGGGCUCUCAUUCUAGAACCGUGCCGUCACAUUCAGUAGAGGACUGUAAACAAGGCGCACUCAUGCGAUUUUGCAGUCUUCACUUGCGAACACUUGACCUAUCGUAACUUCCGCCUGGCGUGAAUUGUUGAAUUGGGACAGCAGAGGCAAGGUCUUGCGAGCUCUGGCGUACACCAGAUGGGUGUCGUCGUGGAUCGAAGAACUGAUGGAAGCUUCAUCUACGAAGAAACAGGUGCCUGGCGCGUCAAGAGGGAGGCAGAGCAGUGCGGCAGCCCUCCUGCUGGAUCACCGCGGCGUGGACGCAGCUUGGCGGGACAAGGACAGGACGACGCGGACGGUGCCUGGCGCGUCAAGACGGAGGCAGAGGAGUGUGGCAGCCCCCCAGCAGGAGGAGCGCGGUGUGGCCUCAGCGCCCCGGGCGCUGGACAGGACGACUCGGACGCCGUUGCUUGCAGGUGCCUGGCGCGUCAAGGUGAAGGCAGAGCAGUGCGACAGCCCUCCUGCAGGUGCAUGCAGCACCGCCGGCCCCCCAGGACAGGACGACUCGGACGGGUUGGAGGCUGAGGAGCCGUGGCUGCACAUCGACGCCACCUUCUCGCUCGCCUCUGGAGUCGGCCACGCCAAGCAGGACUCCGCGGCCAGCGGCACGGCUGGGGACGGAGGGGCGGACCGCGCUGUCGCCUCGCAGUGUGCGGAGCGUGGAGCGGCCUUGGAUGCCGAGGCGGGCCUGGAGAAGCACCUCGCAGCGCGCGGCAAGCGGCACGCCUGCCAACACUGCGGCAAGGAGUUCCAGUGGGCGUCCCAUCUAGAAGCGCAUUCAAGGACCCACACUGGGGGGAAGGCUUUUCAGUGCAAAGUGUGUGGAAAGAAGUUUGCGCUUUCGGGCAAUUUGUCCCAGCAUGAAAGGACCCACACUGGGGAGAAGCCUUUCCAGUGCAAAGUGUGUGGGAAGAAGUUUACCCAAUCUGGCCAUUUGUCCCGGCAUGUAAGGAUCCACACUGGGGAGAAGCCUUUCCAGUGCAAAGUGUGUGAAAUGAAGUUUACCCAAUCUGGCGAUUUGAUGACGCAUGAAAGGCUGCACACUGGGGAGAAGCCUUUUCAGUGCCAAGUUUGUGCAAUGACGUUUACGUCUUUGGGCAAUUUGACCAAGCAUAAAAGGAUCCACACUGGGGAGAAGCCUUUCGAGUGCAACGUGUGCGCGAAGAAGUUUGCGAGUUCAAGCAAUUUGACCAGGCACGAAAGGAUCCACACUAGGUAGACAUCUGUCUAGUACCAAGUCCUUCUCGCGAAAGUCCCUUCUUGUCGAGCACCUCAAGACCCACGCCGAGAAGAAGCCUCUAAAUGUGGAAUAAGUGUUUGUGUGGACGUUCCACCGAGCGGUCUGCUUUGUAAGGCUCACUAAUUCAAACUAAGGAAAACUCUUUAUGGACAAAUAUUAUCGGUGUAAAUGCUGUUUACCAUAGUAUUCAUGAAGCCAUGAGAUAGCGCCCCUCACUCAUGUUUCAAGACACUUAACGUUGAGGAACUACUGUCUUUACCAGCUUGAAUCAAAUUGGUGCUCUGCUUUAUCUGGUGACUAAAGUGCAACCACCCACUGACAAAUUUUGACUAACUGUUAACAAAUUUCUGAUCGUGUGUGGAAUUGCAUUAUAAUGGUUUCAGUUUGUAAUAAAAAUAGUCCAGUCCGUGUACAUUUAGAGUCAAGUUUCUAAGUCUUCGCAGCUUAACUGCAGUUUCUACACGGUAAAAGCGGUUCCUGGUUUUCCCAGGAACACCCUGGAAAUCGCCUAUGUCUUCGCCGUAGGGCUCCUGGGAAAACCGGGUACCGUUUUCGCCGUGUACUCAUUCGAAACUUUAGCACUACAUGCUUGGCCUCUCUUAUAAAGAUCUUCUUUUUCCUUUCCUUGGCCAGGAUAGUUUUGAUUUCCUUUUUUGUAAAAAGUUUCAUUGUGAAAUCGUUUCUUUAUUGUGUUUAUGUUUGUCUUAAGAUACCGAAUGUACUUUGAUUGAAUCCUAAAGAAAACCUUUUUAUCUGUAUAAUACUUCUUGGACCUGCUUGACAUUUCAUUUUUGUGUUGCUGCUGAUUUAUUUAUGAUGCUGAAUUUAUGUCCUUGUUAAGUGUUUUACUGUUAAAUGGAAGUUUCCUUUU